GAGAUUACUGUCACCAACUUGCCGUCAGAUGCCAGGAACCCAAUGAAAGAUGGCGAUGAUGCUCACGAAGCUGUUCUGAUUGUAAGCUUCCCAGACACUCUGUCCUACUCCGCCUUCCGAUCAUCUAAGGACAGCAGUCUGGUCUGCGUUGCAAAUACCAACGGAUCCCAGGCUGAGUGUGAGCUUGGAAACCCAAUGAAACGCAACGCCGAGGUCACCUUUUACCUGAUCUUAAGCACUUCUAGAAUCACCAUCGAAACUACAACUUUACCGAUUAUACUUCAGCUAACAACCAUCAGCGAACAGACCGGUUUGGAUCCAGUCACAGCCACUGCCCAUGUUAUGUUGGUACUGCCAGUCUCUCUUGUUCCAAACGUUGAACCGCAAAAUGUGUUUUUUGGAGGUAACGUAAUGGGAGAAAGUGCCAUGAGGAAAGAAGAGGAUGUGGGCAGUCGCGUUGAUUAUAAACUAACGGUGCUGAACACUGGUAAGGUCCUGAAAACUUUUAGCUCUGCUUUCCUGAACAUCCGGUGGCCCUAUGAGAUCAGCAAUGGCAAAUGGCUGUUAUACCCGAUGAAGAUCGAAUUUGAAGGGGAUGAGAAUACACAGUGCUCUCCUGCCCCUGCUAUCAAUCCACUCAAACUGCCACAUGAUGAGGAUAAACCAGGGCUGUGGAGCCCCGCGAGGUUACAGAAUGGAGACCAACAGCAAUCAGUAGCUCAUCAGACAGAAAGCAAAAAGUCUCUGACCCUGGACUGUGAACAGGGUACUGCCCGAUGUAUUGAUUUCCAAUGCCCUCUACAAAUUCUAAACACAACAACCAGAGUGAAAAUAGGUGCCCGACUGUGGAACAGCACCUUUCUGGAGGAGUACGCUUCAUACAGUUCCAUCAAACUGACCAUCCGUGCCAACAUCAGCGUGAAGUCAAGUAUCAGAAACCUAAAGGUGAAGGAAGCUGCUGCUGAG